AUGGCAACGAAACCAUGCUUACGCGAUGGCGUGGAGCCAGUGGAGAUCUCAUCGUACCCUUCCUAUGCCACGGACCUCCGCGAAAGUGGGAAGCCCGCUCAUCAUGGGAUCGCCAAGUCCUUGAAAUUUGGCGUGGACAGGAUUCUUUCUGACGAAAUAUCUGCCUGGAAGUGCUCAAAAAUCCCGGAAACAGACUCAGAGCCGGAACCAAGGAAACCACCAUGCUCCGAAUGUGUGAGUUCCCUGUGGCGCUGUUGCCAGCUAAACACUGUUAUGGAUCAGCGGAUCGGGGCUGCCCUGUACCUCACCGCCACCCCCGCACUGCCCCCUUCGCCCGCGCACGUACCCCACAACCCCAACAUUUACGUGCCGCACCCCAUCAAACCAUUCACCACUUUUUCGGGUGAAGAGGGACACAAAGGCAGCUCUGUGGCCAAAAGGAAGCGGUCAUGGUCCCGAGCGGUAUUCUCAAGUCUACAAAGGAAGGGCCUUGAAAAGCGGUUCCAAGUGCAGAAGUAUAUCACAAAACCGGACAGAAGACAGCUGGCCGCCACUCUCGGCCUCACAGACGCGCAGGUGAAGGUUUGGUUUCAAAACAGAAGAAUGAAGUGGCGGCACAGCAAAGAGUUAAGGAAGGAGGUUCUAAAAUGAGAGCAAUUAUUCAAUGGACUGAGGACAAAAGCUUCAGCAAGGAAAUUAAAUUUCAAUAUGCGUUUA